AUGGGAUCCCGUCACAUGAUUUAUUGGCGUGUCUACGUUUAUGCCCAUAAUUUGUACUCGAUUUGUGGCGGCAAUUCUAUAAGAUUUCGGGACUGUACCCCAAGCACAUUGAGACGCCAGCCGGGUGAGUUGCAUCGUUUACUUGACUUUGCCAAUCGGGAUCUGUCCGUGCUCAUACGGCACAGUGAGAUGGAGCUGAUGAAUGUCUUUGAGGUGGUACAGGAUCUCUUGCUGGAGGUAAAACUGAACAGUGCGGAGUUUAAGGAUGCACUGACUCCUUAUCUGGCAACGGCAACUCACCAGUUUGUCCACGAGCUGAUCAACUUUGCCUGCUCCCCGUACGACGAUCUCAUUAGUUACGAUUGCAAUGUGAAGUAUCGCGCCAUGGAGCUGAGAGCAGAGGAGCUGGCCGCGGGGGAAGACACUGGAUUCGUGCUUCUGCCAGGGCUACACAGCUUUGCCAAGUUCUCAUGUCUCGUGGAUAACGAUGAGUGCGUCGGCUUUGGCAUGGAUCUGGACACAGAGGAUGAGGAUCCCAAAAUGAUGGACGAACUUUGGACUGAGCUAAAUACUCCGGUGUUGAACGAAUUGCGUCGAGUACUCAGCGAUCGUUUUGCCCAGCGGCACAGUCGGGUGCAAAGCCAGAUUCAAGGCCUGACUGCCAGUCAGGUUGCCACAGCUGCCACAGCUGCCACAACUGCCACAACUGCCACAACUGCGACUUUGAGUCCCAAUGACAUUGGCCUGGAGCUGGCGAGGAAUGGCGGCGACUCGACAACUGCACGACACGAGCAGCUUGUCGCCAUAACUCGCAACGUGACUCGCAACAUGACGCAACGUGCCGCAGCUGCAGUGGCAAGAAACGCAGAAGCGGCACGCAUGGCACAGAACUACGCCGCUGGCCUUGGAGCGGAUAUUAUAUUUCCGCGCAGACCUAGAAGCGCCGGUGUGGCGCCUAAGCGCUGAAUUGAAUCAUAGAUCGCAUUCCCACUCACUCACACCUGUUGGCGAAAAAGGUUAACGGAGGCGAUUUAACAUUUGGAUGCCUCUUGUGUAUUCUUAUGCACAUCUAUAAUAAAUAAUAAUAUAAA